AUGUCGGUUUCCUCGUCCUCAAGUGACGAUGACAUUGUUUUGGUGCCCAACUACUCUCAGAAAAAUCGCGUUAAUAGCAAAAGGCGAUACUCUACUGCUCCUACAGCUCUGGCAGAUACGGGAAAGGUAUCCUAUAAUGAAGGUCAAAGCCAGAAAAAUUCGCACGAUUCCAAAAAGAAGACUUCCAAACAUUUUGAUCCCAUUAACCUAAUUUUGGGAGCGAACUCUAGCAACAGCAGGAAUAGUCCAAGAACCAGCUUUUUAGCUAAAAAAACCGACUCCAAUAUGAUUAAAUCUGAUAGAAAAUCUUUGACUCCAAGUAAAAGACGAUCCAUUAUGAAAAGCUCAAGGUCAGGUGGAGUAUUAAGUGCCAGCAAGAAUAAGGUUUUUUCGGAUUCUAGUGACGAUGAUGAAACAACACAUUCAUCCGCCAACAUUUCUGGAGAAAUUGAAAUGGAUAACAAGAAAAAGAAACCUUCUGAAGGUAAGCGUACGUCAACCAAGGGAACUUUCAAUCAAGAACACCUGUUAAUCUCAACGCCUAAACCAAAAUCUAAGAGUGCUGCACCUGGAUCGAGAGUAAAGAGCUCUCGAAAUAAAAGUAACAAAAUUAUGCUGGUUGAAAUCAAACCUGACAACUCUACUGGAUCUAGAAAAGACGAUUCAAGUGAUGACGAUAACAGUGAUGUGAUGGAGAUUUCUGCUAGUGAAAUGGAUGAUGUGAUGGAGAUGAUUAAUAGAGAUAUGAAUAUUAUCACUCAUAAAGAUCUCAGCGAAGACUCCGAAGAUGAAAUUUUAAAUUUUAGAUAUAAAGGGAAAAAGCAAAUUUUGGGUGACGGAUCGGGUGAUCGUAAAGCUCAAGUCAUUGCCAUCGAUAGUGAAUCUGAAGAUGGCGACUCUGAAGAUAGUGUAUCUGAAGACAGCGACUCUGAAGAUAGUGAGUCUGAAGAUCGUGAAGGUGAAGGUAAUCUGUCUGAAAAUGCAGAAAAGGAUGAAACUGAAUCAGAAGCUAAUACUAGAAAAAGAAAACUGACGCGUAUUGAAUCUCAACAGAAAAAGAAGCUUCGUAUGCGACAGGAAUCUUUAUCUAAAGCUCCGAUAAAUAAAUCGAGAAGAUACUCUACAACUAGGAAAUCUUCAGAUGAUGAAUCAUACAUAUCAUCAUCCAAAAAUACCAAGCAAGAUAAUCCUAUAAAAGUGAAUCAAGAGAAAGAGGAUAAAAAUUUCGAGAACAUGAUUGAAACUCUCAAAACCGAUAAAGAUCAGGAAGCCCAAAAAGAAUUUGAUGAUAUGGAUGAUAAUGAAAAACUUACAAGAUUGCACGCUUUAGUGGAACAGUCUAAAAAGUUCUCGCAAUAUAUGGCUGACAGGUUACUUGAAAGUGCAUUAGAAAAACAACGAAAGGAGAAAGAGGAAGAAGAGGAAGAGGAAUCUAAGAAGGAAAGUACGAAUAAAGGUGAAAAUAAUGAUGUUGAACAAGAUAACACGAUUUCAAGGAGAACUCGACGUGGAAAUAGAGGAAGGAGCAGAAAGAAACCUUUGCAGAUGUACAAGGAUGAUAAAGAGAUCUUGAAUGAAACAAAAAUAACAAAACAACAAAUUACCAGUGCUCAAAAAGUCUCAAGAGAUCAGCCGAAACUUGUAACAGGUGCUGUUAUGAGAGAUUACCAAUUGGAAGGUCUUGAAUGGUUGGUCACAUUAUACAAGAAUGGUUUGAAUGGUAUCUUGGCCGACGAAAUGGGUUUGGGGAAAACUAUUCAAUCACUUUCCUUGUUGGCCUAUCUUUAUGAAAAUGGCAACAAAGGCCCAUUUCUCAUUGCUUGCCCAUUGUCAACUGUGGGUAACUGGAUUAAGGAAAUUGAAAAAUUUAUUCCUUCAGUGCCACAUAUCAGUUAUGUGGGGACUAAAGAGACCAGAGAAGAAAUUAGAAAGAAAUAUUUUACAAAGCAAAAGCGCAAUAACAUUGGAAUUGUGGUUACCAGUUAUGAAAUGAUUAUUAAAGAUUUCCGCUCACUCAAUAGAUUCACUUGGAAGUUUCUAAUUGUGGAUGAAGGUCAUAGAUUAAAGAAUGUGAACUCCAAAUUAAUUCGGGAAUUGAAAAAAUUAGACACCAAUAAUAGGUUAUUAUUGACAGGCACGCCUCUACAGAAUAAUUUGGAUGAGCUUUGGUCAUUAUUAAACUUCAUUCUUCCCGAUAUCUUUUCAAAUAUCGAACUAUUCCAUAGUUGGUUUGAUUUUUCGAAUUUGGAUGGUGACAAUAAUUCCGAAGCUAUCAAUGCUGAAAUACAGAAAUCUUUGAUUGAUAAUUUGCACACCAUUCUCCAGCCAUUUUUACUUCGAAGAUUGAAGAAAUUGGUGGUAAAGAGUUUGCCUCCGAAACGAGAAUAUAUCGUGUAUAACUCUUUAACUGAUCGUCAAACAAAGUUAUAUCAGGCUGCUUUGACAAAGAACCUAAAGCUGUAUUUGGUGGAAAGUUGCUUUUAUGAGUUUAUGGAAGUAAACGGAUACAGCAAAAGGUUUUCAAAAGAAGAACUUGAUGAGUUUUUCAAAUAUAAACAACCACCAGCGGACACAAAAAAUAAGAGUUUGCUGGUUGACAUGUUGGAUAAUAAUUUUUCUGUGGGCGAUACUAAUACAGGUAAAAGACGAGCUAAAAGAUUGGCAUCUAAUAAGGCUAAUUAUCAAGAUAUCGGAUUUAAAGAAUUUGAAGGGGAUCUCUCAUAUUCUGAUGUUAAUAUAACAGAUCCUGAAGAAGAGAUAAAAGAUACAGAAAACAAAAAUAAAGAAAAGAAAGAAAAGAAUCCGAAAAAAGAAAAGAAACAAAAAAAUGCGUCUGAGAAAUUGUUAAAAGAUGCCGACGGCUUCAUCAUUCCUGAAAUUCCACCGGACAUGCAAAUCAGUUUUCAACUUCAGGUCCCAAUUGAUUCACUAGAAACAAAAAUGCCUAAACUAAAGACAUUAAAGUCAAAAUUUGAAUCUCGAUACCCAAUUGAAAAUCAUGUUAAUGGUAAACCUAACGAAGUCCAACAGGGCCCAACAGAUGAAUUUGCUUAUAUGAGAAAUUUUCACAGGUCUGAGCAACCGCUUGUAGGAUCUUUCUACUCUGAACACGAAAUACGUAUCAAAAAUUUGGCCACAAUAAUCAAGCUAUGGAUAUCUGAGUUCAGACAAAAAGAAAGCAAAAAAUUGUAUUUGAAAGCCACAUUUCUGGGAGCCCCUGUGUUGUUCGAACCUCCUGUGAAAUUUGAUGUUCCUGUUGACCCAAAGCCUAUAAGCACAGAAGUUUUCUUAAAUCUCAGUCGCAAAAUGGCCGAUCCCGCUACCUGCAAAGAAGAAAAACUAAGAAUUUACUGGAUACUAAAAAAUUCUGAUCAUUACUACAAGUUUGCCCAAAAGCAUAAUGCAGACUUGGAUCACGAUUACAAAAAAUAUUUGCGAAUUUAUAGCGUUUUAAUGAGGUUGUCAUCCGCAGAUCGAAUAUUAGUAGCUCACAAUAUUAUCAGCGGUGAUACAAAGCCUGAUUUUGCCUUAAAUUCUCAGGCUCCAAACAUAGGUCAGAGUGAAAUUGAUAAUCUAAAAACCCCAAGCUCUUUGGGAGCCAGACCAACCCAAAUGAACCCACAGCAAUAUCAUCAUAGUUUCAUAGAUCAACAUCAACAUCAACAUCAGCAACACAAAUAUUUGUCAGCUCAAAACCAUAGGGCUGUAGACCAAACUAGCAAUAUUCCAGUUCAAACUAGCAAUAAUCUCAUAUAUCAACAUCAACAUCAGCAACAGAAAUAUUUGCCAGCUCAAAACCAUAGGGCUGUAGACCAAAUUAGCAAUAUUCCAGUUCAAACUAGCAAUAUUCCAGUUCAAACUAGCAAUAUUCCAGUUCAAACUAGCAAUAAUCUCAUAUAUCAACAUCAACAUCAGCAACAGAAAUAUUUGCCAGCUCAAAACCAUAGGGCUGUAGACCAAAUUAGCAAUAUUCCAGUUCAAACUAGCAAUAUUCCAGUUCAAACUAGCAAUAUUCCAGUUCAAACUAGCAAUAUUCCAGUUCAAACUAGCAAUAAUCUCACAUAUCAACAUCAACAUCAGCAACAGAAAUAUUUGCCAGCUCAAAACUAUAGGGCUGUAGACCAAACUAGCAAUAUUCCAGUUCAAACUAGCAAUAAUCUCAUAUAUCAACAUCAACAUCAGCAACAGAAAUAUUUGCCAGCUCAAAACCAUAGGGCUGUAGACCAAAUUAGCAAUAUUCCAGUUCAAACUCACAAUAUUACAAACCAAAGGCAGUCUUAUCCUACGCCUGCACUUACACAGCAAAAUGUUGCCAAAUCACCAACUCAGAGUACAUUUGAAUCUCAUAAGACACUUCCUAAGGCUUACCAAGAUAUUGGUGAAAAAAAAAAGAGUGGUGAUAGUAUGGCUAUUUCCUCUAGUGAUGCGAAAAUUCCUUUGCUGAUUUUGAAACAAAACGGCAAUAAAUCUGAAUCAAAAUGCAAAGUAAAGUCUGUCAAAAAUAUUGAGGAUGCAGAGGCACAGAGUGAAAGCAAACAGGUAACUGUGAAGGAUAAUGACAGCAUCGGUAAAGAUAUCAUCCAAAUUAAAGAUGAUGGAGAUAUUGUUGAAAUUAAAGAUGGUGAAGAUGAUGAAAAUAUUGUCGAAAUAAGAAAUAAUGGUAAGAAUGUGGAUGAUGUCAAAAUUUCUUUUGAUUUCAGCCAACCAAAGUAUGGUGAAUUGGAAAAUGCGUGGAGCUUUGUCAACAGAGAAAUUUCUCAAAAACCGCUUGGCAAUCUAAUGAUGCAGUUGAGAUUGAUUUGUGAUUCACCAUAUUUAUUCUUUUUUCCGUGGGAGACUGACGAUCUUAUUGACAACCGUCUUGUUGAAAAUUCUGGUAAAAUGCAAAUGCUUGAUCAAUUGAUGGACAAUUUGCUCAAUAAAGAAAAAUCUUCCAAUCAUAAAAUAUUGAUUUUCUCUCAAUUUACAAAGAUGUUGGACUUACUUCAAGAUUGGCUCGAUUAUAAGAAUUUAAAGUGUUCUAGACUUGAUGGUAGUGUAUCGCAAGAAAUUAGAGAGGUGGAAAUUAAUAACUUCAACAAUAAUCCAGAGUAUAAAGUAUUCUUGUUGUCUACUAGAGCUGGCGGUUUAGGUAUCAAUUUGGUUUCCGCUGAUACUGUUGUAUUGUUUGAUAGCGAUUGGAAUCCUCAAGUAGAUUUACAAGCAAUGGAUAGAGUUCAUAGACUUGGUCAAACGAAACCAGUUUUGGUCUACAGAUUUGCUACAGUUAACACAGCCGAACAAAUUUUGCUUUCCAGAGCGGACUCAAAGAGAAAAUUAGAAAAGGUUGUCAUUCAAAUGGGGAAGUUUGAAUCAUUGAAAAAGCUCGCCAAUGAAAAUACAAAGAAAAGUGCUACUACUUCCACCACUGUUGCUGUCGAAUUAAGUAAAUUAUUGAAAGAAAAUUCAUUUGAAGGCCAGGAUAUUAAUAAUAACAAUCUAAGUGAUGAGGAAUUAAGAGAACUUUUGAAUAGAGAUAAGGAAGCGUACCAGAAAACAUCUUGUGUGAUGAAGCAUCUUGAGUUGUUUGAGACUUCCUCUUCCACUGAAUUGACUAGCUAA